GUGGUCCGAGCACGGUCAUAUUAUUUACAUCGAACAUAUGAUGUGCACGCCGGAAUUAAAAAUAAUACUGGAAUUCAGCGCAGGAGCGGAGUUACUCUUUGGUAACAUUAAACGCCGCCAACUAGCCUUAGAUGGUAGUCAAAAAUGGACAAUUGCCAACCUACUAAAGUGGAUGCAUGCCAAUAUUUUAACGGAACGACCGGAACUCUUCCUCCAAGGGGAUACUGUACGACCAGGAAUUUUGGUCCUUAUAAACGACACAGACUGGGAACUGCUGGGUGAAUUGGACUACGAGCUGCAGCCCAACGAUAACGUUCUUUUCAUAUCCACUCUUCAUGGCGGUUAAUAAAGUUACCUAAAGUUA